AUGUAAAUAGGCAUAAGUAAAAGCAAAAGGGUGAUUGACAUUAUAGUUGACUCUUACUGCACACUUUGCUUCCUUCGUCUGUCUUCGGGAUUUCUUUACUUUUCUUUCUCAUUUCUCAAUGGAAGAAAACAAUCAAUCACGUUACGUCAAGUUAUCUAAAAAUCAAACCACCGUCGAAGAUAUCAUCCCCGGUGAACUCAAUCAACCAAUUGAGGUUCCUCAGGCACAGGACACAGUCAAGUUUAUUGAUUAUCGGAGUAUUGAAGAGUACCCGUUUUGCUCCUUUUUGCCUGCCAGCUUGUGUUUGUUGGCUGUUCGCAAGUGCCCUGAAUGUAGACAGCCAUUACCUGAAAGUUAUGCUCCUCCUGCUGAUGAACCUUGGAUGACUGGUAUCUUUGGAUGUGUAGAGGACCGAGAAAGUUGCUUGACUGGACUGUUCUGUCCCUGUGUAUUAUUUGGACGCAAUGUAGAGAGCUUGAGGGACGGCACUCCUUGGACUAGGCCGUGUAUUUGUCAUGCCAUUUUUGUCGAAGGCGGCAUUUCUUUGGCUUUAGCAACUGUCAUUGCAACCUCCUUCUUUUCUGGCAUUGACCCGGGGACAACAUGCCUCAUUUGUGAGGGUUUAUUUUUUACGUGGUGGAUGUGUGGCAUUCACACUGGUCAAGUUCGGCAAACCUUACAGAAGAAAUAUCACUUGAAGAAUUCACCUUGUAAUGCAUGCUGUGUGCACUGCUGCUUGCACUGGUGCGCCUUGUGUCAGGAGCACAGGGAGAUGAAGGGAAGGCUCUCGGACAAUAAUUUUUCAGAAAUGACCAUUGUAAACCCUCCUCCCAUUCAAGAGAUGAAGUCUACUGACGAAAAGGAAAAUCCUGAGACAUCUUCGGCUAACAACAAUGAACACAUUACUUUGGAGAUGCAGGCUAUAUAAACCACUGUUAAUACUUAAUAGUGACAGAGAGAGAAAAUAAUUUUCCCUUAGACCUUUGAAUUCAAACUCAUCAUGUUAAUACUUAAUGAUGAUUUGGCUUCAGUACUUCAUGUUGCAUUAGACAUGUAAGUCACAUUUACACACAACUCAUCGUGUCUGUUUUAUGAAGCAAAUUUUAUGGAAUCCUCAUUUUUUUAAUUUAUCAUCGGGCUUCAAACUUUGA